AUGGGUAACGUUGUCUCAUGUUCAUUUGAUCCUGUUCUUUCUCGCUUCUUAGAUUGCACUAUUAGAAGGGCAAAACACGUUCGCGACCUCAAAGAUAAUCUCCAAGCCUUGGAGACUGACUUGCAACAAUUAAUUCAAACCAGAAAUGAUGUUACGCGGAGGGUUUGCGUUGAUGAACAAAACCAGAUGAAACGGAUGGACCGUGUUCAAGGCUGGCUUCAAGAGGUGCAAGAGGCAGAAGCCGAAGUUGAUGAACUACUUCAACUCAAAUCUCAACAAACUGACAAAUUAUGUCUUGGAGGCUACUGUUCCAAGAACUGCAAGUCAAGCUAUGAGUAUGGAAAACAAGUGGCUAAAAAGCUGAAAGAUGUGGCUGAGCUAAGGCGUGAGGGAGCUGCUUUCCAACAGGUAGCUGAGAGGGUACCAGAUGACGUUGCAGAUGAAAUUCCUCUUGAACCAACAAUACUCGGAUUGGAAUCCACAUUUGAUAAAGUUUGGAAAUGCCUCGUUGGAGAAGAAGUGGGAAUCAUUGGCAUCUACGGCACCGGGGGAGUUGGCAAAACAACCUUACUAAAACAAAUCAACAAUAAGUUCUGCAAUGAGCUUCAAAGUUUUGAUGUUGUUAUUUGGGUGGUGGUAUCUAGAGUUCCAAAUUUUGAAAAGAUUCAAGAAGACAUUGGCGAAAAGAUAGGUUUAAAGGAUGAAUCUUGGAAGAAAAGAAGUCUUCAAAAGAAAGCUGGGGAUAUCUUCAAGAUAUUGAGUAGCAAGAAGUUUGUUUUAUUGCUGGAUGAUAUAUGGAGCUGGAUUAAUUUAACUGAAGUGGGUGUCCCUAUUCCAAACUCAAAAUCUGUAUCGAAAGUAGUGUUCACAACUCGGUCUUUUGAAGUUUGCGGCUCCAUGAAAGCUGACAAGAAUUUCAAAGUGGACUAUUUGAGAGAUGAGGAGGCUUGGAAAUUGUUUGAGGAGAAACUACAAAGUGAAGUUUUGGACCAUCCUGAUAUUCCUCAAUUUGCAAAAGUUGUAGCCAAAGAGUGUGGUGGACUACCCCUUGCGCUAUUAGCUGUUAGUCGAGCCAUGUCUUGCAAGAACACACCUCAAGAAUGGAGGCAUGCAGCAAAGUUGUUAAGGAACUCAGCAUCUAAAUUUGCAGGUAUGGGGACAGAAGUGUAUACUCUUUUAAAGUUCAGUUAUGAUAGUUUGCCUAGUGACAAAAUUAGAUCUUGUCUUUUAUAUUGUUGUUUAUAUCCAGAAGAUUUUCUGAUUAGUAAACAGCAAUUGAUAGACUGUUGGAUAGGUGAGGGUUUUUUGGAUGACUCUAAUAGAAGCGAAGUAUAUGACGAGGGAUAUUAUAUUAUUGGUAUCCUUGUUCAUGCAUGUUUAUUGGAAGAAGAAAAAGAUAAGGAAGAUGAAAAAGGAGAUUAUCUUGUAAAAUUGCAUGAUGUGAUACGUGACAUGCUUUUAUGGAUAGCUAAUGAUAUUGAGAAGGAAAAAGAAAAUUAUUUAGUUCAAGCAGGCACUGGAUUAACUCAAGCACCAGAGAUUGGAAAAUGGGUUGGAGUAAGAAAAAUAUCAUUAAUAGGCAUUGAUAUGGUUUUGUCACAAACACCUAGAUGCCAUGAUCUCCAAACUUUGUUUCUCAAUAAAGGUGCGUUAUCAUUUGUCUGUGAUAACUUCUUUGACUUUAUGCCUUCUCUUAAAGUUUUGAAUCUGUCAUUUAGUCGUGGGCUUUCUAAAUUACCGGUUGGAGUAUCAAAAUUGGUUUCAUUACAAUAUCUUAAUCUAUCAAGUACACCUAUAAUAAAGCUGCCGGUUGAACUAAAAGCCUUAACAGAUCUUAAAUGUUUGAGCUUGGAGAAUACGACCCGGCUACGAACAAUUCCGCGUCAAUUGAUAUCUAAUCUUCAAAGUUUACGUACAUUGAGAAUGAGAAAAUGUGGUAUCAGUGCUAAAUAUAGAACAAAGGAUAAUGUUUUAUUUGAUGGUGGUGGUGAAGUAUUGGUGGAGGAAUGUGAUUGUUUGGAAUAUUUAAAUGUGCUGUCCAUCACCUUGGGAAGUUACGAUGCUCUCCAAAGACUUUUGAGUUCCGUUAAGUUACAGAGUUGUACUCAAUCUCUAUUCCUUAAAGGCUUUCGUGAGUUAACGUCGUUCAAUAUUGCAGCUCUGGCAACUCUCAGGCAUCUUUGUCAACUAGAAAUUUAUGAAUGGCACGGCUCUGGUAUGGUGAAGGUAGGGGAUGUACAAAAAAUACGGGAACCAUCUAGUUUCUCCAGUCUUCACGAUAUAACACUAUCAAAUUGCAACUGUUUGAGGGAUUUGACAUGGAUUGCUUUUAUUCCAAACCUCAAGUUUCUUUCUAUACACAGUUGUGAUGCGAUGAAAGAAAUCAUCAAUGUUGAAAAAUUGGGUGAAGUUCCAGGGAUGAUGUCAGAUAUAAUCCCUUUUCAGAAACUCCAAUUUCUUUUGUUAGAUUGUCUAAAGAAUUUGAAGAGCAUCUUUGGGAAGGCCUUGCCCUUCCCACAUCUCAAGGAAAUUUAUGUAAGUUUCUGCCCAAAGCUUAUGAAGCUUCCACUGGAUGCCAAUAGUGCAAAGGAACAUAAAAUUGUUAUCGAGGGAGACGAAGAGUGGUGGAAAAAUUUGCAAUGGGAGGACGAAGCCACUCGGAAUGCUUUUCUUCCUUGUUUCUUUCUGGUAUGCAAUUUUAUCUAUAUUUGUUUCAAAAAUUGUUGA